AGACAGAGGAAAAGUUAGUCAAGAUGGCAAAUCCCUCAGACCCGGAGUGAAGGGGCACCGCUCCCCAAAAAAAGCCGAGCCUGUCGCCCGUCCCGAGACAAACCCGACGAUGCAAACUGCGCCCGGAGGCGUAAGAGGGAUUCCCUGAAGAAAAAAAUGCCAGUGAGGCUGAAGCUGAUGUGACACAGCGUGUGCUGGAAGAAAGCUGACUCAUCAAAUAUCAAUCCCUCUGGGAGCGACUAAGCAGCCGAGAGCAGCUCAUAUCUCCUAAUGCCUAGCUAGGAGAGCACCUCACACACCCCCUUCCGUCAGCGGAGAUUAUCAGACAGGAGAAGUCGGUGCAGAAAUCCCUACAGCAGGAAUAUAUCCAACACCGGCCCGGAGGCGAAACAAAUUUUGGCACCAGAAGCCCUAACAGAGACUGCUGUCCUGCUGCCCCGGCCAGUAAUGACAAAGCUAAGAAUGGCACUACAGAGCUUCAGCUGAACUUCACCGACUGACUGACUGACCGACCCCCCUCCCACCCCCAGAGACAUCAACAACCAGCUGACAAGACCGGAGUCCUCCUCCAUCAGUUUUACCCAAACCAUCGUUGUAAAGUUUGGGGGGAGGUUGCUCUCUGAGCUGCUCCCCACAUCUCUCAGCCCAGCCCGGGUCCACCACAGUCAGUCUGCCUUUACCCCACCUCGCAGACCAUGAUGUUUCGUGAUCAGGUGGGCGUGCUAGCCAGCUGGUUCAAGGGGUGGAAUGAGUGCGAGCAGACGGUGGCUCUGCUGUCCCUGCUGAAGAGGGUGAGCCGGACCCAGGCCCGCUUCCUGCAGCUCUGUCUGGAGCACUCCCUCGCCGAGUGCACCGAACUGCAGGUCCUGGAGGGAGAGGCCAACAACCCAGGAGUGAUCAGCCAGUGGCAAGGCGAGCCUAAGGAGCGCGUCAUCUCGCUUGUCCUCACCCAUCUCCCACUGCUCAAACCCGGCAAUGUUGAAGCUAAGGGCGAGUAUAUGCGCCUGCUGCCGCGCAUCCUGGCCCACACUAUCGAGCAUGGCCAUCACCUGGAGGAGUCUCGUCAGCUCCUGUCCUACGCCCUCAUCCACCCUGCCACCUCCUUGGAAGACCGCGCUGCCCUGGCACUCUGGCUCAACCACCUGGAGGAAAGGGCUGCUGCCCGGGGAGACUCACUGGAAAGGCCUCCUCCUGCUGGGCCGCACCACCACCACCACCAGUCCACGCCCCCAUCCACCCUCACCUCAUCAGGAUCCUCCUCCUCCACUAACACCUCUUCAUCAGGCAACCUGUACUCCUUGCAUCACCACCAGCGCUAUGGCUCAGACGACCGCCUUAAUGGGUGGCAGAGCUCCAGGGACUCGGGGCUGGGCGGAGGCUGGCAUCAGCAGCAGCAGGGCUGUGAGAACGGGCACCUGCUUCUCUACCCAUCAUCCUCUGUGCCUGCAACCAUAAACACGGUUGGAACUGGCGGAGGCGGUAACACCAUCCUGACGAGUGGAGGUGGCAGCCAGCAGCACAGUCCCCUGAAGCGCUCCGUGUCCCUGACGCCUCCCAUGAGCGGCCCCAGCAACCAGGCCCUGGGCCACGUCUGGCUGUCCCAGGAGGACCUACGGACCGCUAGAGGUCCGGCCCCAGACCACGCACCUCUCUCACCCCAGAGCAGCAUCGCGUCCUCGGGUAGUGGAGGCAGUGAGCAUCUGGAGGAGGCUGGUUUAGGAGGAGGGUCCGGUCUGCAUCGCAGUUCCUUUCAUGAAGAGGGCAGUGGCAUGAGGGAUGUUCCCUCGUGGCUGAAGAGUCUCCGUCUCCAUAAAUACGCCGCUCUGUUUUCCACCAUGACCUACGAUGAGAUGAUGUCACUGACUGAGGAGCAGCUGGAGGCACAGAAAGUCACUAAAGGGGCAAGACACAAGAUCGUUAUCAGCAUUCAGAAGCUCAAAGAGAGGCAGAACCUUCUGCGGAGCCUGGAAAAGGACGUGUUAGAGGGCAGUAAUCUGCGUGCUCCGCUGCAGGAGCUCCACCAAAUGAUCAUGACGCCUAUCAAGGCUUUCAGUGGAGGUGAGGAGGCCUCCCUGCAGCGCCCCCUCCUGAGCCCUGAGGGCAAGAGCGCUGCACCUGGCUCCCACCUGUCCGGGGGAGGCGGAGGGGAAGCUGAGUCUGGAACCAGCGUCAUCGCAGAGGGGGAUCUACCUGGCCAGUUCACUCGCGUCAUGGGCAAAGUUUGUACCCAGCUACUGGUGUCAAGGUCAGACGAAGACAACAUCAGCUCCUACCUACAACUCAUCGACAAGUGCCUUAUCCACGAGUCCUUCACUGAGACGCAGAAGAAGAGGCUGUUGUCAUGGAAACAACAGGUUCAGAGGCUGUUCCGGUCCAUUCCCAGGAAAACCCUCCUUGACAUAGCAGGGUACCGACCGCAGAGGAGCCGUUUUGGCCAGUCCAACUCUCUCCCCACCUCUGGCUGUGUUGGGGGCAGCGUGUCGGCCAGGAGGAGCCUUCGCCAGUUCCAGAUGCCCUCCAGGAGCUUGCCAGGUGCCAGGCUGGGCCUGUUGGGAAGCGGGGGGCUGCUGGGACCCACACCUCGCAGCUCCAGCAGCACACCCACUGGUCCCAAGCAGGGGAGACAGGGUCUGUGGUUCGCCAACCCUGGAGGAAGCAACAGCAUGCCCAGCCGGACCCACAGCUCCGUGCAGAGGACCCGCUCCCUUCCGGUUCACACCACGCCACAAACCAUGGUCAUGUUCCAACAAGCUGAUCUCCAGUUACCAGUGACAGAGCCGGACAUCAACAAUCGCCUUGAGUCUCUGUGUCUGAGUAUGACAGAGCACGCAUUGGGAGACGGUGCCGACCGCACGUCAACAAUAUGAAAUGAGGACUUGAGUGAGAGCAGCAGGACAGCGCAGGUUCACGAGGCUCUCUCACCAUAAGUCACCUCGAGGUCACCAGCCCUCCCGUCCCCUCUCCCUGUAGCCAAUGGUAGAGCUCAACCAAAGGACCGGGCGGGAUCCAAGAAACACAAGACAGCCGAUCAUCCAACGGCUAACACAAGCUAUCACAUUGGCACCGUCCAUUGGGUCGGAAAAACACACUUCCUGCUCCGCCAGCAUGCUCACGGUCACCUGCGUCUGGGUGAGGAGAGAGAAAAGCAUUAGACAUGGCCUGGACAGUGUGUGAACAGCGCCCCCCCCUCUCCCCCUCACCCCCCGGGGAGUCCAGAAGCAGUGCUGCAGUCCAGUCAGCUCCAGCAGAAGGGAGACGCUGGCCUGUGGAUCAGGGCCCAGUGGGACUGAGGCCCCUUCCCUCUCCGACACCUUCUGGUCCCUGCACACUGACCACAGCUCGUGGCACCCUUCAUAUCCAUAAGAGUACCUCAGACCCAAAAACAAGACGAGACAAGCAGAGCUACAACGACGCAGGAGGAAGUCUGGGAUUUCCUGGACUGUUGUCAGUGAGGACAGAGUGUCCAGGAUUGGAGCUUGGGAAGGCCUCUCGCUCAGUACUGGGUGGCAAAAUAUCAUUUAUUUGUGUUGUAUGUAUUUAUUGUUUACAUAAUGAUGCUACUUUCAAAGGGUACAGACACAUGUAUGAAUUUCAGGUAUGAAUUGUGUGAUAUUCUGUAAAGCCUCUGGCUCUGCACCACCUUUACGUCCCAUGAGUAGCCGUCACGCUAGUUUACAACCAACCUGCUUAUUCUUUAUUUUAUCAGCCAACAACAGAGACGCGUUGGCUCGAAGAUUUACCAAAAGAAAGGAGGGAGGAGGAUGAGGGAGAGAGAAGGAGGUAGAGCAGCUGUGUGAAGAGGGAUGAGAGGAAGAAGGUGAGGCGGAGAAAGACACAGAAAGUAGAAGAAGGAGGAAUCAAGCUGAGGUGAUACUGGAAAGGGAAGCGGAUGUUUAAAGGAGAAGGACAUCAGAGGCAGGACCUUUGAUCGGCUGAGGGUGACGGAGGAAGAAGAUGUCAUGUCCAGUCAGUCUGUUCAUGAGAGUGAGUGGAGGAGGGGGAGGGCGCUGGUCAGUUACACAUUGUUUAUCCACAGCAUGUACUGUAUGAACUCUUUGAAUUCAGAGCCUUUGUAGGCACAACACACGAAAACGUAGGUUUUUGUACACGUAAAUGGGAGAUGAAUACGGCUGUGUCGUCAGUGGCAUCUGUCUGCAUGUUCAGAUACCGGGCUCAGUUAUUUUUCUAAAGCAGGGUGAUGUGCUUAAGCUGCAUGUUACAACUAAAUAUCUUUCUCAAUGGGAAGGAAGAUUGUGAAAUGUGUAAAGCAGAAAAAAAAACAAAACAAAACAAAAACAGGAGGUCGAUUUGGUUUCCACGCUGACCGCGUUGCUGAGAUGAUUGCAACAUUGGAGAAAUCACACACUGUCAAUCCAUGAAGGGUAGUUUUCCCAGAGAUUGUCUCGUUAGUGCUUACCUCCACCUUCUGGCCAAACACAGUCAUGGCGACGCAGACGCUGAAGGCCGUGGACACGCAGGCACUGUGGGGGAAAAUCAGGGCUGCAGUGUAACAUGGUCUUCUGUCUGCUCUGCCGGCGCAGGCCUACAUGGAAUAUAUUUUCUUUUCUUUCUUUUUUUUUUUAAAUUCUGAAUCUCAUGGUUAUUCUGUGUCUUAAUAUUUAUCCUCAGUUUAUUGUGUAUGGAAAACAGACUUUAUAUAAGAACAGGUUUAUAUGGAAAUAAGCUGGUUAGGAAACUCCCUCCUGUGCCGCUUUCAGAGUCCUGACCCUGCGUGGUCGUCAGCGGGGCUCAUUGAUUAUUAUUGUUUAGUUUGUUCUUUAGUUUGUUGGAAUUCUAUAGUACUUCCUUUAGUAUCCUGCACUUGAUAUGAUAAUGUGAUACACUAAAAUCCAAAUGUUCAAGGCUCGAGCAACAGUUUUGUGCUUUGGAGCCGAAUGAAACGGAGCAGAUUGAAGAGAUGAGAUCGACACUCACUCUCCACUGCAGAGCUACAGUCUCAGUGGACAGAAGAGACACAAGUCAAGCGGCAGAGACGAAAAGCUCUCGCUGACAAAAUAAUUUCUGUUUGUCUGAUGGUGGAUGUUAUUUCAGCCUGAACUGACACAGUUAAAGGACCAUUUCAGAGUUUGUGCAUGUUUUAGCCCUUUUACUUUGACUCUACAUUACUGACAACUAUUUUAGACUUUCUCAUUAACCCAAGUUUCCAUUCACUCUAAUAUGGUAUUAAAAUUAAUUUGUAUAGUCGUGACACUUUCCUAACAAAGUUCAAAUCACACACGUGUCAGCAUCUUGUGCAGACCAGGGCUGCAGCUUACGAUUCUCAUCAUCGAUUAAUCAGCUGAUUAUUUUCUCAGUUAAUGGUUUAGUAUAUGAAAUAUUUCAAAUAGUGAAAAUGGCAUUCACAGUUUCUCAGAGCCCAAUAUGAUGUUUUCAGUUCAGCUUUAGCCUGUUUUAUCCAACCAACAGUCCAGAUAGAGUCAGUUUAUCCAUAUACCUGCUGAUUCAUUUUCUUUUUUUUAUUCGUAGAGCUCUGCACCUCCUCCGACGAGUUUCAGGUCUACACAACCUCUGUCUCAUACUAUAAUAGAAACCACUGGCUAUCUACAAGUCUGGGAAAAUGUAAUAUAGAAAUCUAAAACACUACAGUGCACUUUAAAAACAGCCAGCAGCGAUUCAUUCAGCGUGUGACCUGGAUUAAAGGAGCUAAAACAUGCAGAAACACAGUCAUGGUGCCUGUCUGGAGCAAACAGUCCACACACACACACACACACACACACACCACAGGAGAAGAGUGUGUGUUGUAGUUUUGCCGUCGUGACAUGUCACGUGAUGUGUUUUCUGCUCUCGUGCUUUGAGUGUGUAAGAGCCGAUCAGACGUCACGUGUAGGUUUGUGAACGAAGAUUCCACCAAAGCACGAAUGUGACAUGAACCCAUUUGAAUCCUGAAUGGGGGAAAACUGAUGUUACACCUCUAACAUCGUCUUUUUUUUUUCUGAUGCUCCUGCGUCAGGAUCUCAUCGUGUUCAGACUCUUUGAGUGUCACUGCCAUAUGAAUCAGUACUUAAAGUAGAUACAAUUAUUUAUUCUUUUUUUUUUCAUAAUUUUUUGCAGAGGUGAUACUUUUACUCAUUUAGGUGUAUUAUUAUUUAAAGUACCAUAUGUAUUAACAUGUUAUGGCUGGUGACCAUACGUACAUCUCAAAUAUUAACAUAGUUAUUGUUGACUUUGACUAUUUCCUUUUAUUUGUUGUUGCUGUUGUUGAACUAUAAUCUCGUUUGUAUCGAUCAGUGUCACGUUGAGAUGUUUCCUGUGACGUUUCGGUGUCGGAGCGCAGCGGGAAGCAAACGAAACAGCGAUGGUGUUGUUUUGGCAGGCCAGGAAGUAGACUGGUCCGCUCCGGGCUUCCCUGUCAUCGGGAUAGGAAUAGGAUAUAGGAGAUCUAGGAGAUCUGGAGUCUGAACCUGGUGCUGUGGUUUAUGGUUCUGAGUGGGAGAAGUUUCUGUUACUUUAAGCGGUAACGGCGGCAUUAUUCUGUAUUUUUCUUAUUGUGGACGGAUUCCAUGAAAAAGCCAAGCACCGCAACGUGUUGGUCCAUGUCUCAGAACGUUCUGAACUGCAGGAAGUUCUUUCCUGUCACUGGUUCUCAUUUUUCAUUAAGAUGUCAAAAAAUUUUACUUUCAAAUUUUCAGUAAUUAUCAAACAAACAUGGAAUAGUGUAUGUUUCUGUUGGGGACUAUUUUCAGCAGCGGAUUAAUCCACAUUUGGUGCUCUAGGGAGUAUUUCUAACACCAGGAUGGUGUGUGUGUGUGUGUGUGUGUGUGAGACCGAGUAACUACACACACACAUACGCACACACAGCACUGAGGAUCGAGUCAUUGUUGGUUUUGGUCUUUUCAUGGGAUUUUUUGUCUGUAUAAGGAAAAGUGGAGGAUUUGACCCGACAUAGCCUGUAAAUGUUUUACAUCGCACGUUAAGAUGAUCAAGCUGCACUCAGUAAUAUAACACAAGGGAUUAGUGAAGCUGUAGAAUUGUUAUUCACUUUAAUUCACUUUGCCAUUUUUGAGUUAAAAACAUGUUUAUACACAGUUCAGGAGAUUUUAUUCCCAUUGUGCAUAAAAACACUAAUUCUUUAAUUCUCAUCUGCGCCUCAUUUGACAGAAAUACUGACAGACAGUGUUUAAGUAACCUGAGUUAAUGUGAUUUUUCUAGGUGAUAAAACAGAGUAAACUUACAUGUUUUGUACGUUGACUAGAAAUCAGCACCACAGGCCUCCAGUUUCUGCUCCACCCUGGUUUCCUGCAGCAUCUCUGGGUCAGGGAGACGCCUGUGUGGGCUCAGAACAUGGAGCCUGUGACGGGACAGUGGAGGGUUUCAGCUCUGAGGUCCGGAUCAUUUUACACAUCUCCUCAAACCAAAUGCUUUGUUUUUAUUUUUUCUAAACGCGUAUCGGCUCUGUGGGUGUCCAGGAACGCUUCUAACGCUGUGCUCGCUGCAGUAUUAACAGUUAGAUUACGCCUUGAUAUUCCAAAAAAAAAAAAAACAUUUAAUGUACUUUAAGUCAAGACAUAUAUGAUGUUUUGUAUCCUUUAUUUUUGUCAUAGAUUCUGCAGUUUAUUCAGUUUAUGUCAGUAUGGGAUGCCAAGACUUUUUUUGUUGUUGUUGUUGUUUUUUUGUUUUUGUUUUUUGUAAAUUCAGCAGCAUCCAUUCUGUAACGAAGUGUUACCGCUUGACUGUGCGUCUUUUACUUCAUUUAGUUUUAUUUUAUCAAAGAGCCGAUGUCCUGUAUUGACUGCAGGCUUACGUAUAUAUUUGACAAAAGAAUAUUGUAUGUUUAAUAAUAAAAAAACACAAAAAAGACAAAAAAUUGAAGAAAACGCAGAAAAAAGGAAAAGGAGGAAAUUGAAAAAAGUGUAAUUUAUAUUUUAAAACUGCAUGCACAAGGCUGGGAAAGUCAUAUUUAGAAUAACAAAUGGCAGUGCCUUUUUUGUACUCGAGACAUUUACCCCAAAUGUAAAUGGUUUUAUAUGGACUUUAAAAACUGUAAUGAAACUAGCGACAGCGGAGUCGGGUCACGUUCACACUGCAGCC